AGGGCCACGCUGGCUGUGGGCCGCUGUAUAUAAAGAGCGACGCUCGGGCGGUCACGUGGCAGUCAGUGCAGGCAGCGGCAUCCGCGAGGGACACACAGCGGCAGUCGAGUCGACUUGUAAGAGCUGAGCGAUGGCCGUGCUGCUGGACUCGUGGUUGGCGGAGCUGGUGGUGGUGGCGUCAGCAGCAGCGCUGGCGCUCUACGCCUGGAUGUCCCGCUGCCAGCGGCAUUGGCAGCGCAAGGGCGCGCCCUACGUGGAGCCGGAGGUGCCCUUCGGCAACUUCCGACCCGUCGCCAUGGGCCAAAAGUCCCUCGGCCUCUUCCUGCAGGACAUUUACAAUAUGGCACCAGGAGCCCGAUAUGUGGGAUUUUACGGAUUCAAUCGUCCAAUGCUCCUGAUCCGCGACCCUGAGCUGAUAAGAGAUGUGCUGAUAAAGGAUUUCGGGACGUUCCACGACAGGGGGAUAUUCUUCGACGAGGAGGAGCCGCUCAACAGGCACCUGUUCGCUCUGACAGGCAUCAAGUGGCGCCAGCUGAGGAUCAAGCUAUCGCCAGCGUUCACGUCGGGCAAGCUCAAGGGCAUGUUCAAGACGCUGGUGGAUUGCGGCCACGAGAUGGCUGCUGUGCUGGAGGGGGUGGCGGGGCGCGGCGAGACGGUGGAGGUGCGCGAGCUGCUCGCCAGGUACUCCACCGACUUCAUCGCCUCCGUCGGCUUCGGCAUCGAGGUCCACUGCCAGCGCGACCCGGACAACGAGUUUCGCCGCUGGGGGCGCAAGAUCUUCGAGCCCUCCCUCAUCACCGGGCUCGCCAUAAUGCUGUCCAUCAUCAGCCCCAAGUUGACCAGAUUCGUUCAAGUCAGAGAUAAAAGAGCUGCUGCUGUCAGUAAAUAUUUUCGUGACAUGGUGGCGCACACAGUUGCUUAUAGGGAGAAAAAUAACAUUACUAGGAAAGAUUUCAUGGAUCUUCUGAUACAACUCAAGAACAGAGGAUACCUCGACGGUGAAAAGAUUGAGAAUGGAGACAGUACUAGCAAAGAAGUUUCGCAAAUGGAGUUCACAAUGGACGACGUAGCGGCGCAGGCGUUUAUCUUCUUUGGAGCGGGUUUCGAGACAUCUUCAUCAACUAUGAGCUUUGCUCUCCACGAAUUGGCGUUCAACCUACACAUUCAAACGAAGUUGCAAGAGGAAAUAGAUUCAAUCCUUAAGGAGAACAGCGGAGAUAUUUCAUAUGAAGCACUUUCCAAAAUGUCUUACCUUGACAAAGUAGUAUCUGAGACCCUGAGGAAGUAUCCACCAGUGCCUCUCUUGAACCGGGAGCCCAACAGGGAGUACAAGAUUCCAGAUAGCGACGUCGUGCUGGAGAAAGGAACCCCGAUCUCCAUCUCGGUGCUGGGUCUCCAUCGUGAUCCCAAGUAUUACCCGGACCCCGAACACUUCGACCCUGAGAGGUUCUCCGAAGAACAGAAGGCCCAGAGGCAGCCUUACGUCUACCUACCAUUCGGAGACGGACCACGCAACUGUAUAGGUAUGAGACUUGGACUGCUGCAGGUCAAGGUUGGGCUGGUGUGUCUGCUGUCCAAGUACAAUGUGCGGCCCACAGAGAAGACACGAGAAACCUUGGAGUACAACGCCAGGACUGUAAUACUUCUACCUAAUGGCGGCAUUCAACUUCGACUGGAGAAGAGGUGCAGUUGAUGAGGACACUGACACAAAGACGGAUUUACUGAAGUCGGGUGUGGCUCUGAAACGACGCAGGGGGGACGCUUAAAGAGCACGUAAUUUCACUGUGUUAUGCAAGAUUCUCAGAAAUAUUUUCCUCACACCAGGCGUUAUAAUGGUUUAAAACGUGUUCAGAGAUUUUCAUGUGUUCACCUGCUCUUCGUGACAGAACUGAUUUCGGUCAAAGCUAUUAUAAUAAUACUUAACAUCGUUUCUCGUUUUUUCAUCAUCCAUUUGAAAGACUUGUAGCAUUUUUAUACAUGUUGCAUCAAUCU